GUCGACUACCUUUACUCGGUGUCUUCUCCUUUAUCGAUCAAUGAUUGUAGGAACGCAUGUACAUGAGGCCUUCUAUCAACCAAAUGGCCCCCGUGUGGGUUAUCUACAAGUCUUUAUACCCUUCUUAUCAAUCCUCGCUCAAGCGCUCAUUAAUCAUUGCCGAUCGGCACUGCUAGGGGCGUUGCGGAAGGUGUGGAGUAGAUGAUUUGAAUCUAGCCACACAGCCAAUGUGAGAAUCAAAUUGUCUACCCGCGUCUCUUUCAACUUCAUUGACUCUUUCCUGUACCACCAUCAUAUAUCUGCGUUGUGAGAGCCGCUCUGCCUUACAACCUCUUUACCCUCCGAGUCUUCGUCAUAGAUUAAUUUUCACUACGUAGCUUCCCUUACAUUCACCUGUCCUUUAGCUCCUCGUUCGUCGGAGACCAUUCUUCAGAUCUUUUCCUUACAUCUCUCAACGUCAUGAAGAACUGCUUCCUCAUCGUUCUUCUCUUUUCAUCAGUUGCUGUGGCAUCUUCACUCGGUGUCCAGGCUCGUAACCCAACGCCCUCAAAGAGAUAUGCACUCCCCAUUGUCCAGGCUCGUAACCCAAUGCCCUCAAAGAGAUAUGCACUCCCCAUUGUCCAGCGGCAGCCGGGACCUUCCAAAGUCCCCGAUAAGCGAUCCUUGGUCAAACGGGCCCCCGCUCCCGGGCCUUCCGCAAUUCAUGUUGGUCGUGAUGAGCGUCUCGCUGCUCGUCAAGCCUCUCCUUCAAAGGUGUUGUCAGGUCGACAACCGGUUGCUGCGCCAGCCCCGUCUAAACGCACUGCUGAGGACUCCGCAGCCCUACAAAAGCGCAGCGUAGACCAACAGCACGUGAUAGGGAGUGCAGCGGAAUCUCAUGAAUUCUGUCUCAACGGGCUCGUAGCCUGCCCCGUCUUGAGCACACCUGGGCAGUUCCCUCGUACAUUUGUCGAAUGGGAAGCGAUUGGGUUUGAGUGUGUCGAUUUUGCGGCAGAUCUCCGCUCCUGCGGGGGUUGUUCCAGUCUUGACCCUAUUGAGCAUGACUGCAUGAAUAUCCCACAUGUUGAAGGCGUCGCUUGCGUUGCUGGUGAAUGCCAAAUCUCAUCUUGCCAAUUGGGUUAUUCGCUAGAAAGCGAUGGCCACGCAUGUUCGCCAAGCGAGUAGGCCUGCAGAAUUAUUGGACAUUUCUCAUGGAAUUUUCGUUCUUUCUAUGCUAUCAUCUGAAUUUAGGGAGUUUAUCCCUUUUCCUCCUGACAGGACUUCAAUUGCUUGGCAUUUUCUAUUCCUGGACCAUUGACGUUGUGGUGCUAUAUACUUUCUGAUCUUAUGUCCCCCACGUGUUUACGAUUGUAACGACGUGUCCUGUGUUCCAGUACUACUCCUUCCUCCCCAGUUAUACAUUCGUGAUUCGAUAGUUAUUCGGACUUUUGCGAUAUAGUUUACGAGCUUUGUUUUGAUUCCUAGCUUGUUUAGUGUUACGGAUUGCCACGAAUGCCCGGUGUUUUGAUUAGCUUGUUCAGUGUUACGGCCUGCCA